GUUCAAUACUGUGACACACUUUGCGCUCAUUAGGGCCAUCUGCUGGACAAGAACAGGAACUGCGAAGCUGCUCCAUGACCUGAUAUGAGACACGAUUCAAAAUGGAGGCUUUGAGCGUGACAGCUUCAACUUUGUUGAUGGUUUUUUGUACUGUCUGUACUGUGUAUCUUCUCAUUUAAAUCCUUCCUAUUUAUCGUCUAUUUAUAUUUAUACACCAAGUUAUCGCACAGGCUCCCGAGCAAAAGACGUAUGUUUGCACUCAAUGAAACACCUUUAAUCCUAGAGAAACGAGAUGACUAAAAGGGCCUAUGAAGCUGAACCUUAACACAUCAGAGUCAAUGACUGUACAUAAUAAUCUAUAUCCAUAUCUAUAAUGUAAUAACUCAUGUACAGUCUAUUAUUAAUCAUCUUUAAAUAUAGCAUUCAUAAACGAAUGCUAAGUAUUAGUAAAGGCAAUCACUUUUUUGACUUCAGGUCUAAAGCACAGAGCUUCUUAACGCGUCAUUAGGAGCAGUUCAGAAUACAACGUCACAUUUUAUGUGUAUCAACCUAAAAUUUGUUUGGCUAGACAGAGACAAAGCAUCAGCCAAUUAAAUUUCUUGGGUGUUUAAGUGCAUGCCAUGUUAGUUAUCUGAAUGAACGUCCUGAUUAAACAUUAUAAUAUUUCUCGUGUGUUAGUGGGGGACGACACAGCGCAGUUUUUUUGUUUCUGUACGCACCGCCGCGCGAGGGCGCUGUUUGUCUCCUCGGCGAGUGAACGCGCGCACUGAGCGGAAAAAAAUGACGUAGCUAACAGAGUGCGCGCGCGACACAGGGGAGCUCCUCUACGAAGUUUUUCGGAUAUGUACGCGAGGGCGUAUUCGUCGAUUUGCUGACUAUUACGGCAGCCAUAAAGCGUUUGUGUGGGUAAUUAGAAAGUUUAUUGUGCUACAUUUGCAAAUAUAUGCUUUAAAAAAAACCUCGAACGCAAAAAUAAUGAGCCUCCGUGAAUUCGUUCACAUGGAAGAAAAAAAAAACAAAAACACCCGUUCGCUAGCAACCCGCUAGCUAGCUAAAGCAAUCUCAGGUACUGCUGAAAGAGUAGCUAGCUUAGCUAACCUAUCCGAUAGCUGUAGCCGGUUUGUCGAACACCAUUAAGACACCAUCAUUUAUUAUUAUUAUUAUUAUUAUUAUUAUUAUUAUUAUUACCCGCUCGCUUCGUGUGUAGGACUGAAAUAUGAUCUAGAGUGAAUGUAGGGACGCCUGAGGACGAUGGCGUUUGUCCGGGUCUCAAUGUUUUUCUGCCGCAGCACCGCUUAGCUAACACACACACUAUCACACAUUCACAACAAAGAAAUAGGAAGCACCGAGGAGGCGGUGUAUGUGUGUGAGAGAGUCUUGCUGAUUACUGGAGAAAUGCAGAUCAUUUAAAGCAAAACGAUCCCGUUAAAGUCUCAUCAUAUCGGGUGCUUCCUGAGCCUCAUCUGUCGUCCUGAAGACUGGGCUCUACUCUCAUAAACAAACACCUUUCCUAAAUGGCAUUCAAGAACCGUUUAUUCAUUAAUUUUCUUUUCUUUCUAUUUUCUUUUAUUUCUUUUAUUUUUGCUGAAAGUGCAUUAAAAGUCGACUUGAUCCAGUUUCCAUCACAUCUAUGAGUCCAGAUUACUGUCAGGUUUUAGAUGCAGCCCUCACGUUAUCUCCGUGCCUGGCUGUUUGGUGAAUAAGAGACUUGAUGUCCAGAAGCUGAGAGGAGACAACAAGGAUGUCUGAAGAUCCUUUUUCAUCUCCUGGAUCAGAAGUUCUAUCAGCAAACUUCAAGAAAAGGAAGUCGCGCUUCACGUUUUCUGAGGUUCAGCUUUUGCUGACUGAGGUGAAGAGAAAUCGCCACAUACUGGUUGGUAAAUUCAACCAGGGUGUCUCAAGUGAUGUUAAGAAGCGAACAUGGGCUGCUCUCGCAGCUAGCAUCAACGAGAUCAGUGAGUGUCACAGAGAGGUCAUCGAGAUUGUGAAGAAGUGGUCUGAUCUCAAGUGCGACACCAAGCGCAAGGUGGCAGCCAUGAGAGCUUCCGGCUUCUCUGCUGCCCGCAUAACUGACGAUCUUUCUCCUAUCGAGAAAAUGGUGCACCAAAUCCUCCAGCCUGGACCUGGGGAGAAGUUCCCACUGUCAGACAGCAUUGCAGAUGAGGACGAGGACAGCCAAGGUGCCUCUUGGAUGCCACUGCACAUCCCUGGUACGGCAAAUGGCAGGCUGUCUAUCAAGGCACAGGGCAUGCCACAUCACUCUGGGAUGAGCAGCAAAGGAGAUGCAGAUCUGCCACUGGACAUGCCAUACAACUAUUAUUCUGCAGUGCCUCUUACUGACCUUGAGUAUGAACCAUCAGGCACAGAAGACCAGGGCCUACGAGUCACUGAAGCAGAAUACCAGACAUCACAAGGCGCAGGCAGUCUGCAGGAGCACCUUGCCAAGAGCGCUUCCCUCAGCCUGCAGGAGCAACAGGCCGCCACCGUGCUGAUCGGGGCGCUGUCACGUUCACUGGAGUCGGUGGCCGAGUCGGUGCAGCAGCUGGUGCAGACACAGCAGGAGUUUGCACGGGACACACUGCGUUUGCAGAGAGAUACACUGCAUGUGCUGCGUGACUUUUCCUCCACUGCACUGGCACUGAUGCAGGACAAAUCCAACGGCCACCCAUAGCACCUGCAUCUCACCUAAAUGUAGUCUACACUAGUGAUGGGCAUUUCGAGCAAAUUUGCUGUUGAGUACUUAAACCUAUAAAAGGUUUAAUCAGUUAAUUGUUCUUUAACAUAAAGAGGGUCAUUUUGCAUGAAGGUAUUUUGCUUGACUUAAUAGCACACAUUUUUUAACAAACAUUUUUUAGGCUCUGGGGCAAAAACAACAGCCUGCUGACUAAAUUUAAACGCACUCGGACAUUAAUUAGGUUGUAAUUUUAUACUAUAUUUUAAAAAGUCCUUUGUAACGGUGUAUUUGUACACUUAACACGACAUAAAUGUGUCAGAUAUGGCUGGGAUGCUGAAGGGAAAAAACGGCUAAAUCUAUUUUAAUUGAAGCAAACUUGACACGCUUAAUAAUCAAAAAAGCUUUAUUAAAUAGUUAACAAAUAUCCUAAAAAUGAAAAUAAUUUAAAAAUACAAUGUCUGUUUAUAUAAAGUGCUUAGUUUGUGGUGCUUUAAAAUAGUCACCAUAUAAAUCAUGGCAUCUAAAUUUGAUUGUUUUUCCAAUCUCUGUCUUUUAGUGCUGGAGAAUCUGUUGGUACUGAUGUGGUAGUCAUGUAUGAAUAUUGACUUGCUAAGUGAUGGGUUGUUGUAGUUUUGCUGUAUUUUUAGUUUUGCUGACCGACAAAGUUUACAUUGCCUAUUUUCAGAAAGAUUAAAACAUUGCCGUGCUUGGCUUUAUCACCAGUGUACUGGCCGACAAGCACGCUGUCACUCAUAUGCCUCGUGGAGCUCCUGAUGAAAAUGACGGGAAAUUUGUUGACCUGCUACGCUGGUGACAAUGCCAAGCACGGCAAUGUUUAAUCAUUCAUUUUUACAAAAUGAGUGUACGUUUGGUUGUUACACAAGGAGUACUCGAUUAGUGCCCAUCACUAGUCUACACACCUCAGCUUUAAGUUAUAGGAUGUUUUCUGGAGAACAGGGAGGGACUGUUGAACUAAUGAACAGUAUAGUUAUAUGCCUCAGGAGUAUAUAAUAAUAGUCCACUACAGCGUUCAGCUACCUCCCUCCCAGUGUUCAUAGCGAUCACAGGAAUCAUACAUGCACUAAUACUGCUUACUGUGUGCAGGAGACUUUUUAAAUAAGCUCUCCCACAUCUCCAGAAAGUAGUGAUGCUGUUAUGUUACAACUGGAAAGUAGCAUUAGCACAGCAGACUGUUUCUCAGACCAGAGUUAUCUCUUUGUUUAAAAUCAAUGACUGUUUGGACCAGUGAUUAGACAUGCCUACUUUAAAUUGACAAAGUUUUAUUUAAUGAUGCAAUGUAAGUAAACUAACUUAAAGAUCUGUAAUAGUUUUAAAUUAUGAGUGAAUUAUGAGUCUAUUUAUCUGAAAUGCCCAAUUUAUGGUAUUGUAGACACCAUAUGGAUGUUUUAAUUUGAUGUUUCCCCUGACUUUGACUGUGACUGAUGUGAAUAAUCAGCUUUUCAAUGUUUCAUUUCUCACCAAAAUGUUACAAUUCAGAUGUGAACAGAAAUAUUGGACAUUGUAUGGAGCACAUUUUUAGUAAAUUUGCAGGUUUUCUAACCAUUACCUUUGACCUUUAACUACCUUGAAUUAUUAAGCAGUUCCUUUUUUUUUUCUUUUUUUUUCCUCUCCUCUCCUCUUUGUAGUUACAGGUGCCAUGAUAUUUAAUUCUGAAAGUGUUCAAUAAGGAUACCUUUGAUACAGCUGCGACUGAUUCCUUGUUGGUUGCUCUUCCAAUAGUAUAAACACUGUUAAAUGUUGUCUGUAAAAACUACUGUAAAGAUUGGAUUAAAGCAGAAUAAUCAUUU